AAUGUUAUCAGAACUUGAAAUUCAAGCAGUUAUUGGAUUUACAGGUAUAUAGACAUAAUUAUCAUUCCAGGGAAAAUUACUUAAGGGUUGAUUUUACAUCCAGAUAAUGAGGUAUUGUUUAAGUAAUCAUAAUAAGCAUAUAAUCUAUCCUUUGGGUUCGACUAUAGUUGUUAGGCAUAUAAUCAGCAGAGCUUAAACAUUUCUAAGGUAUAAAUCUCAUAUUAAUAUUAUUUAGAGGUCACGAUAACUAAAUUUCUGUGAUAACAGUUUCUCGCUCAGGUGAUUAUGUAGCUUCUGGAUAAAGGACUUAUAUGGGAUUCUAAGCUGACAUUAUUAUUUGGGAUUUUAAGGAAAGAAGCAUGAUUCACAGGUUAAAAUUACAUAAAGUUUUGAUUCAAUCGCUCAGUUUUUCCUAUAAUGAAUUAUACUUAGCCUCUUUAGGAGGAAUUGAUGAUAAAAAUAUGUUGAUUGUUUGGGACAUUAAAGCAGGAAAGGCCUUGUAUGGAACUCCUAAUAGAGAUCCAGUAAACUAAGUCUAAUUUUAUAACUAAUCAGAUGAAAAAAUGAUAGCAGUAUUAAAUACUGGAGUUUAAAUUUUAACAAUUGAUAAAUAAAAUAAAAAGGUAUUCAAUAAUCCUAUUAAUAAAAGAUCUAAUCUGUAGAUGUAAAUUUCGGCAACGUGAAGCGUACAUUCACUUGUGUUGCGAUUGAUAAAAAUGAUAAAUAUUGUUAUUGUGGUACAAAAACAGGAGACGUUUUUGAAAUUUAAAUGGAUAUGGCUAUAUAUAAAAGAUUAGCCCCUGUUAAAAAGCUUUUUAGUCAAGGAGUAAAUUGUUUAGGUUUAUUACCUAAUGGUGAUAUUAUUGUUGGCGCUGGUGAUGGAGUGAUAGCAAAAGUGUCAUUUUAAACAAUGCAAAUAGUUGCAAGCAGUGAACUUUUAGGAGGAGUUACUUCGAUAACAUUUACUAAUGAUUAUACUCAUUUUUUCACAGGAACAAGUUAAAGUAAUAUUUAUUGGUUGGACACUGAGAAAUUAUUACCUGAGCUUAGAAACACUUGCCAUUAUGAAAGGAUUAAUGAUGUUGCUUUUCCUCACAACUAUUCUGAUGUUUUUGCUACAAGUUCAUUAAAUGACAUCCGAGUUUGGAAUGCAAAAAAUAGAUAAGAAUUGCUUAGAAUCUAAGUACCUAAUUUAGAAUGUUGGGCUGUUGCAUUUAUGAAUGAUGGAAAAAGUAUAGUAAGUGGAUGGAGUGAUGGAAAAAUCAGAGCAUUUUUACCUCAAUCAGGUAGAUUGAUGUAUGUGAUCAAUGAUGCACAUAUUCAUGGUUGUACAUCUUUAACAUGCACAUCUGAUUGCCAAAGAAUUAUCUCAGGAGGAUCUGAAGGAGAAGUCAGAGUUUGGGAAAUAGGCAAGCAAACUUAAGUUAUGAAAUCAUCUAUGAAAGAACACAGAGGACGAGUAUGGUCGAUUCAAGUUAGAAGAAAUAAUGAAUAAGCUGUAAGUGCUAGUGCCGAUGGUUCUUGUAUUAUUUGGGAUCUCAAAUCAUUCACCAGAGUAAUGUGUUUAUUCGAAAGUACUUUAUUUAAAAUGGUCCUAUAUCAUCCUGAAGAAAGUUAAUUGUUAACUACAGGUAGUGACAGAAAAGUAAAGUUUUAAUUAAAAUUUUAAGAUUACUUAUUGGGAAACAUUUGAUGGUUAAGCUAUUAGAAUGCUGGAUGGUUCAGAAGAAGGAGAAGUCAAUGCUCUUGCAAUUACUAAAGAAGGAGAGCACUUUGUUUCUGGAGGUGAAGACAAAGAAGUCAAACUUUGGGGUUAUGAUGAAGGAAUCUGCUACUUCAAAGGAUAAGGUCAUUCUGGUACAAUCACAAGGGUAGCAUUUUUCUAAUCUCUUAGAUUACCAUUAGUCCAGAUUAAAAAUCCAUUAUAUCUGUUGGGGCAGAAGGAGCCAUUUUUAUUUGGAAAAUGCCUGAAUCCGUAAUUAAUGCCAAAGCACAACAAGAGUUACCCACUGUAUAAAAUAUCAAAAAAUAAAAUGAUUCUCAGCAAUCUUCAUAAUAAUAAUAAUAGUCUUAAUAAGCUCCUAAAGAUUCACAAUCAUAAAAAUCAAAUCCUGCUGCUAAAUCAGUUAAGUCUGGAACGAAAUCAUCUAAAAAAUGA